AUGGAGCACAAGUUAUCGGCAAAAGCAACCAAAAUACGCCACCGUCUGACCUUCACCAAAAGUAGUUCCGCACGAGGUCUAGCAUCACCACUAGUCUCGCCCGUUGAACCCAAUCCAUCAAGCAGUCGUCCCCGAUCAGCGACCAGUCCUGAAUCUCCUCACGACGAGCCAACAUGGGACAGUGACCCAGAUUCCAGUCGAGGCUACAGUUUCACAGAUGAGCCAGGCUACUUCCGCCCUGCGUCGCCGUUCAUUGACCGCCAAGAGAUCGGAGAAGACCUCGAAGCUUAUAUCAAACAUGCCUGCGCCAUGCUAUCUCACAGCAUUGACCGUGGUAUUCCAGCCAGAUUGGCCAACCGAAACACCGUGCCAGUCCUAACAAAUGCACAAAACCCAGCCGGUCAGCCCAGUGUCGAUGCAGCACCUUCAUCUUUAGAACAGCAUGAUAUGCUGCUAUCGGCGCCCAAACCAAUCAGUCCCGAAACAGAAAGCACCGAGAAACAUGAUUCCGGCGUCGGUAUGAGCUUCAAUUCACCCAGCCAACCGGGGAAACCAUACGACAACAGCGUAUCGAGCACCGAUGCCCCAACGCGGUUCUAUAACAACCAACCCUCCGCCUCACCACCACAUAGUCCAUCAGAACCACUAUUCCGAAGCCAGAGUGAAGCAACAACAGUCGAAAACAAAAGGGAGCGAUCCUCUUCAAGCCCAAUUCCAUUCCCAUACAGCCCUCCCCAAUUCAACGAGUGGAAAUUCGAGCCAAUGACGCUCGACAGCCCAGUCAGCCCACUCAGUGAAACCGACGAAGGCUUCCAAGCGACCGAGUCCGAGCUCAAGACAGAGCCACGGACCGAGAGCCGCAACGUAAACGAAAACAAACCCGAGACAUCUUCUCCAGCUAUAUCCCCACCUGGCAGUGGAGUAGAAAGGACUUGGCUUCGCGCUAGCAGAGACCUCCAACGCCAAUUGGAAGAAAAAGCGACCACACAGGCUAAAGAUCCGAAGCCUGUGAUCCGUUUCUACAGUUCCUACAACCAAACAACAGGUGAUUUCAACCGUGAGUGGUCGAAGAAUUUCUGGGAUCGGGAUCCGAGUGUUUACAGCAAAGUCUCAUUACCUUCACCGCUAGGUACCGCAAGAGAUGCAGUGUCAAGGCCGGAAACAAGUCCGAGAUUUGGUACUGCUUCGACGAAUGAGGAAGAGGUGCCUGGCAGAUACCCGUACCAAAGGUUUGCCGGGUCCAGUAUGUCUUACUCGUCUUCUUGUUUGGGGAAUGAGAUUAAGCAGGGCCGUGUUUACUCUGUUGAUGUGCCUGGUUCCUUUAAAAAUAACCGGCGGAAGAAGGCUUCGCUUUUGUUUAGGAGGUUGGCUGGACUGGGAAUGAAGAGGAAGGAAAAUGAAAAUGGAGUCUGUUGA